AUGUCAUCAAAUACCGUCCACGUGGCGAUUCUUGGCGCAACCGGGCAGACGGGCGGCGUCAUUGUGAACGCUCUUCUUGAGUCAAAAUCGCCAAAAUUUAGGGUCACUGCCCUCACUAGACCCUCCUCUCUUCAAAAGCCGGCAGUUAUUGAGAUGGCUAACAGAGGAGUGGGGAUUGUGACUGCUGAUCUUAAUGGACCGACAAAGGAUUUGGAAGAGGCGCUGUCGGGAGUAGAUAUCGUGAUAUCCACCAUCUAUGGUGGUAACCUUAUGGAUGAAAUUCCCCUCAUGGAUGCCUCAAAAUCUGUCGGUAUCAAACGAUACUUGCCUUGCUUCUUCGCAACAGUUGCACCCCCGAAAGGCGCUCUGAGAUUGAGAGAUAUGAAAGAGGAUAUUCUCAACUACGCCAAGAAACUCAAUCUUCCGUAUACAGUCAUAGACGUGGGUUGGUGGUAUCAGGUCACCUUGCCUCGCCUCCCUUCUGGUCGCAUCGAUUAUGCCGUCAUGGAAACAAUGGACGGCAUAGCUGGCGAAGGAGAUGUCCCUUUUGCUAUGACAGAUGUCAGAGAUGUCGGGAAGUAUGUUGCCCGGGUUAUCGUCGAUCCGCGGACUCUAAACCGAAUGGUUUUCGCCUACAAUGAAGUCAUGACUCACAACCAGUUAUAUGACUUAUUGGAAGGUCUCAGCGGCGAGAACUUGGAACGCAAAUAUGUUCCGGUGGAGGCUAUCAGGUCCAGCAUUUCCAAGAUCGAGGCCACACAGCCAAGCGCAGACUCGCCUGAUUUUGUUAUGCUUGCCCAGUAUCAAUACUGGUACUCGUGUUGUGUUCGUGGAGAUAACACCCCAGAGUACGCCAAAUAUUUGGGGUAUCUUACCACCAAAGAGUUGUAUCCCGACGCCAAGUGGAUCAGCCUUGAGUCAUACGCCCAAGAAGUCCUUGAUGGAAAUGCGAAGAGAGUGUACGAGCAUCUGCAGCACUUGGCUCCUGCCAGGGCCGUGGAAACGAAAUAG